GCAGCCCGCGGCGCCCGAGGACCCGCCGCGCCCGCGCCCUCCGCGCCCCUCGCCGGUCCCGGUCCCGGUCCCGAGGAAUGAUGAAGAAGACCAAUUCCGCCAAGCGGGGCCCCCAGGAUGGGAACCAGCAGCCUGCCCAGCCCGAGAAGGUGGGCUGGGUCCGGAAAUUCUGUGGGAAAGGCAUUUUUCGGGAAAUCUGGAAAAACCGCUACGUGGUCCUGAAGGGGGAUCAGCUGUACAUCUCCGAGAAGGAGGUGAAAGACGAGAAGAACUUCCAGGAGGUGUUUGACUUGAAUGACUACGAGAAGUGCGAAGAGCUCAGGAAAUCGAAAAGCAGAAGCAAAAAGAACUACAGCAAGUUCUCCCUCACUCACUCCAAGGAGCCUGGAAACACGGCCCCCAACCUUGUCUUCCUGGCUGUGAGUCCCGAAGAGAAGGAGUCUUGGAUCAAUGCGCUCAACUCUGCCAUUACCCGGGCCAAAAACCGCAUCCUGGAUGAGGUUACUGUCGAGGAGGAGAGUUGUCUUGCUCACCCAACUCGCGACCGAGCAAAGAUCCAGCACUCCCGGAGGCCUCCGACCAGGGGCCACUUGAUGGCCGUGGCAUCUACCUCAACGUCAGACGGGAUGCUGACGCUUGACUUGAUCCAGGAGGAGGACGGCUCUCCGGAAGACCACGGCACCUGUGAAGAGAGCUUCCGGGUGGACCUGGAUAAAUCCGUAGCCCAUCUCACUGCUGGGAGACGGCGUUCUGAUUCGGAGAACACGAGGCCGCCGGAGAAGACCCGGACGAACAGCCUCCCGCGGCGGGAGAUCGCCUCUUGGGACAGGUUCUCGCAGCGCAACGAUUCCGUUGAGCGGGGGCCCGUGUACACUCCCCAGGUUCCGAAGAAGCUGUCCCACUCGGAAAAGAGCAAGUGCGCCUCCAUGGAGGAGAUACUGUCUUGCCGGGACUCCUCGUCGGCGCACCGGGCCGUGCUGCGGAAGGGCCUGGAGGAGCGCUUUGCUGCGGCAGAGCCCGCGCGGCUGGCGCGGAUACAGGAACUGGUUGCGCUGAAACUUGAAAAGACGCAGGAACUACUGACCGAGGUGAGGGGCUACGCGGAGGGGCAGCGAAGGGCCCCGGAGCCGAGCGCCUCCGCCACCUCCUCGUCCUCCCCGCCCGCCUUGCCUUCGCCCAAGCUGGACUCGGAGGCCAUCCUGCAGGAGACGGAGCGGCUGCUGGGAGAGGCCUCCUCCCACUGGAGCCAGGCGCAGAAGGUGCUGCAGGAGGUCAAAGAACUGAGGGGCUUGUACAAGCAGCUGGAGCUGCAGCUCUCGGACCCGAAAUGCAAACCGGACACGCAGUCCCAGCACCGGCGGAGUAUGAUGUGACGGCCCGGUGGGACGGGGGCACGAGGCGGCCGGGAAGAGGGCACAGGAGUGGGCGGGUAUGUCUGUUUUUAAUUUUGGGGCUCGAUGCAGACGAGGUGCCUGGAGGGCGCUCCAGUCCUGCCUCUUUGCGAGCCCAGGUUCCUUCCUGCUCGUUUCCUUCCUCCGGCCCUUCCUGCCUUCCUGCUCUUGCCCUCCCUGGCCCCAGAUAAGCACAUUCCAGUAAAUCACUUUGUAUGCA